UCAUUGACAAAGCCAACGGAUGUGAGUGUAACUGCUGCCAUCAGUGAGACUGCAGUUCCGAUUUUUCCUGAAUCUCGUUAGUUGCCUCCUAAGAACGAAUUCUUCACGGUGGAAUAACAGGAGUCGCACUGGCCCGUCAACGCUUUCUAACUUUCGAAGGAACGGCAACAGAUAGUGAAUUCCCAUCACGUUCCACGUAUGUUGUCUAUAUUCGCGCUAUUCUCACUGCCACCAAAGAUGUUCACUCGACCGCGACAGGAUGCAAAUGACUUACUUUUUCUCUUACGAGCAUGAUGUAACGCAAUCAGAGUGCGUACAUCGCCUGAUCAAUAGCAGCUGAGUGCAUUUACAGUAGCCGUGUUUAACAAUGGGUUCGGCAGGAUCACGCCGCAGUACCACUGUGGCGGCAACUGAUGCCCAGGAGCAGCAACAGCCGCAGGUAGAAGAGCUAGAUGAGGACGGAAGCCCCCGAAUUGUCUUCAUCACUGGUUGCUCAACUGGCAUCGGCCUGGCAACAGCAGUUGUUCUUGCAAGCGACGCAGACAAGCGAUUUAAGGUUUAUGCCACAAUGAGAAAUCUCGGAAAGAAAGCAGCUUUGGAAGAAGCCGCUGGGAAAACUCUCGGCGAAUCACUAUUUAUAAAAGAAUUGGACGUAUGCAGUGAAGAAGCCGUUAACAGUUUGGUAAAAGAGAUUGAGAGUGAAGAGGGAAGAAUUGAUGUGCUCGUGAACAACGCAGGACAAGGCCUGGUGAGUGUAUUUGAAUGCAUACCAAUUGACAAAGCGCAAAACCUGUUCGAUGCAAACUUCUUUGGGGUCAUGCGAGUUCUCAAAGCUGCUUUACCGGGCAUGAAAGCAAGAAAGAAGGGUCGCAUUAUCAAUGUGAGCAGUAUCAUCGGAGUGAAUGGACACCCAUUCAGUGAAAUAUACAGCGCUUCUAAAUUCGCCUUGGAAGGCCUGACGGAGAGCCUGGCUCCAACACUGAGGAAAUUCAACAUCAGGUGUUCCCUGGUUGAGCCUGGACCAGUGACAACCUCAUUCAACAACAAUGCCAAGUCACUGAGAGAGGGAAUCGACUCAUCCACAGCGGACGACAAGACCCAGGCCUUGUUACAGGAGGCUUUGAAAGAAAUGUACCGUACUGUCACUGAGCACAGCCAGACAGCCGAGGAAGUGGCCGAAAUCAUCAAAAACGUGAUACUCAGUAGAGCGCCUCAUUUGCGAUACCAAACAAAUUCUCAGUACGCACCGGGAGAGGUACAAGCCAAGUUUUCUGAUGCGACAGGAGACAAAGCUAUCGAUCUCAUGGAAAAAAGAUUUUACCCGGAGACAAAGUAGUAGAGUUUUAAGACCAAAGAGUUCGCAACCGAACCCGACUGCAUUUCGCAGUCCAAGGGAUUCGGAGAUAAUAAUCACUUUUUUAUUUCAUUAUUUUUAUAUCUAACAUAGUCAUAUUUCUUUUUAUAAAAUAUAUAUCUAAAUAGAAGUAGUGAUAGACAUAUUCCGUCAAACCAGCAAAGGAAAACGUCAACAUUUCAGAGAAGGCCUUAAGAUGUCUGAAUCGAAACAAUCAUUAAAUGGUAUGUUUAUUAUAUUAUUCAGUCCAAUUAUUCCUUACCUGCAUA